AUUACCACUGAACCUACAACAACUGAACCUCCCACAACUACUACAUCUCCAACAACUACAUCACCAACUACAACUGAACCUCCCACAACUACUACAUCACCGACAACAACUGAAUCUCCCACAACUACUACAACAUCCACUUCCACCGAAACUCCCACAACUACUACAUCAUCAACUACAACUGAACCUCCCACAACCACUACAUCACCAACUUUAACUGAACCUCCCACAACCACUACAUCACCAACUACAACUGAACCUCCCACAACCACUACAUCACCGACUACAACUAAAUCUCCCACAACUACUACAUCAUCCACUACCACUGAACCUCCCACAACUACUACAUCUCCAACAACUGAACCUCCCACGACAACUACAUCUCCAACAAUAACUGAAUCUCCCACAACUGAACCUCCCACAACUACUACAUCACCGACUACAACUGAAUUUCCAACAACCACUACAGCACCGACUACAACUGAACCACCCACAACCACGACAUCACCGACUACAACUGAACCUCCCACAACCACUUCAUCUCCAACAACUGAACCUCCCACAACUGCGACAUCACCGUCUACAACUGAACCUCCCUCAACCACUACAUCUCCAACAAAUGAACCUCCCACAACUACUACAUCUCCAACAACAACUACAUCCCUCAUUUCCACUGAACCUCCUACAACUACUACAUCUCCAACAAAUGAACCUCCCACAACUGCUACAUCACCCACUACUACUGAACCUCCCACAACCACUACAUCCCCGACUACAACUGAACCUCCCACAACUACUACAUCAUCCACUACCACUGAACCUCCUACAACUACUACAUCUUCAACAAUUGAACCUUCCACAACAACUACAUCACUGACUACAACUGAACCUUCUACAACCACUACAUCACCGACUACAACUGAAUCUCCCACUACUACUACAUCAACAACUGAACCUCCCUCAAAAACGACAUCGCCAACUACAACUGAACCUCCCACAACUACUACAUCAUCCACUACCACUGAACCUCCUACAACUACUACAUCUUCAACAAUUGAACCUUCCACGACAACUACAUCACUGACUACAACUGAAUCUCCCACAACUACUACAUCAACAACAACUACAUCACCCAUUACCACUGAACCUCCUACAACUACGAUAUCACCUACUACCACUGAACCUCUCAUUACCACUACAUCUCCAACAACUGAACCUCCCACAACUACUGCAUCACCUAGUGCAACAACCACUACAACUUCUGCAGCCACCUCCACAGCUGAAACUAGUGAAGCAGCUACUACUACUACCACCACCACUAAUACUACUACUACUGCCACCACUACUACUGCAGGAUUUGCUACAGAAACCACAUCACUUAUUAAUGUUGCUGCUCCUGAACAAGCAGAUAAAACUAAGGGGUUCACUACUGAUCGACAUCAGAAUCAACACUCAUUGAAAGCAAAGGACAAUCUUGUAGACAACCGGAGGUCCAUGAACACCAUUGCUUUCACAGGGCUUUUAGUGGUUGUCUAG